AUGGUCUUUCUCUUCACGAUGAACCCUCUGAGCAUCACAGCAGGCGUUGCAGGCGUUGCCGUCCCAGCCUUGCAAUGCGUACGGCAUUUGCGAAAUGACCUUGAGAGCAUUUUGAAUGCACCCAACGAUAUUGUAUCGGUCCGAGAAGACCUGCUUACCAUUGAGCAGGCUAUCACUUCUGUUCAAAACAUAUCUGAUCAACAGUGGGAGUGGUUAGGCAAGGCUGUGGUCGUCCAAUCGGAGACUGGGCUGAAGCUAUGCAAAAAGUCUUCCAGCAAGUUUCAAGCAGCAAUCGAUCGCUGGACCAUGCAUAGUGCUGAUGGAAAGCUAUCUUGGCGGGAUCGGGCAAUGAUUGGCCUGUUCAGACAGGACCAGAUCAAGUCUACAUCAACCCAACUCCAGAACUGUAAGAUGACGCUUACUUCGGUUGUCAGUACUGCAACACUCUCGCUUCAGCAGACGAAAGUGGCCGAAGAAAUGACGCAAAUGAUAUCAAAGAAGGAAAUGGAGAUCAUAGCAGCCAUUACCACAGCCAAGAAACAGCUAGACGAGGUGAGGACCAAGCUGGAAGACCUUCAUGUGGCAGCGCAAGAUGAAGAUGAGGAGGAUCCCGACCAGGCCAGUGCGACUAGUCAGGUGGAAGUUGAGAAGUUUGCCUUGGAAAAGUCUCUUGAGCUACUUGAAGAGCUUUUGAAGGGUAUCCAGGCGGCAGCUGUAGAUGCUCGUAAAGAUCAAGGAUGUGUAGCCAAUACGUCUACAUUUGGAGAUUAUAACCAGGGCGUUCAGGCUGGAGUGAGCAACGCCCCCAUCUACUUUUCAACCGGCGGAUUCUCCAUUGCGGCCAGCAGAACCAACUAG